AUGUACUUCACAUCCCUCAUCUUGCCCUCCACUCUCCUCUCUAGCACCUCUGCCCUCAAAGUCGCCACCUCCCUCCAAUGGAUCGAACACACGCCACAGCCAUACGCAAUCAAGAACUUCUACAAGGGGUCCUCGACGGCCACGCUCUCCUCCGGCGGCCUUUUUGACUCCAGCAUUGACCUCGCCGCCAACGCCGAAACCCAAGGCCUCAAGCAAUACGCCGACCACAAGAACAUCCGCCUCAUCUACAUCAUCACUGAAGUCUCGUACCGGCUGGUCGCACGCGCAGACGCAGGCAUAAAGACGCUUGCCGACCUCAAAGGGAAAAAGAUAGGCUCCAUGCCCGGCACCAGCGCUGCAAUCUUCGUGCAGCGCAUGCUCUCCUCGGCCGGGGUCGAUGCGUUUGGAAUAUGGGAGCCUGCUGUUGAGCUUGGAGUGAGAGCGAUGGAGAAGGACAAUGUUGUGCUAUUUCAAAAUGGCACCAUCUACAGGGAAGUCUAUAGUCUCUACACCACGACCGACAAACUCAACGACCCCAAGAAACGUGCCGACAUCGUGGCGUUUGUGCGUGCGCUCAAUCAGACGCUUGAUGUGUACAACCACCCUAACUCAAGUGUGUACAGCUUCGUAGCUGAUAAAGUGGGUAUGGACGCUGAAGUCGUGAAGGCUGUAUGGGAGGAACACAAGUGGAGUGGGACGUGGAAGGAUGAGGAGCUGAUGCCGCUGCUGGUGGAUGAGGAUGCGAUGCUUGCGAAGAGCGAUCGGCGGGCGGCGAUGUCGAGAGCGGAUUUGGAGAAAUUUUUGGAUAGGAGUGUUAUUGAGGAGUUGUGA